UUUUCUUUUUUGGCAACGUGCAUCCGGUAACGCCGCUUCUGGUUCUGGCGCGUUCCAGCCAUCCCAACCGUUAUGGCGGAAUUUUAAAACCUAUGACUGGCACAGUCGCUGCGCGUGUCAGCUCGUGCCUAUCCGCCUGACACAACGCCCGUGUUGCAAGCAGUUUCAAGCAGUUGCAACGGCCAGUAGUUGUCUUUCAUGAAUAUCGCUACGCCAAAACUGUGAACGCAGGGUUAGCGAUGGACGAUUCGCGAGUCGACGAGAGUUCUCUCGCGGAGUCUAGCUGCUUUGAGAUGGAUGAUGACACAUUAAUGGACAAGAUGAACCCAUUCGGGAGCUUUCGCUUUUGGAUUCCUACCCAACUCCAGUCGCUGCGGGACUAUGAACAGCACAUCAUAUCGCUCCGGCAUGAGAAUCUACGGCUACGGCUGCGAUUGUACUUCAUAGUGAGGCAGGAUCACCGUGAACCCAUAGAAAAUAAUCCUGGUGCUACUCCAGAGCUUGCAGAAUUGCAUGAAAUUGUUGACAAGGAAAUGAAAAAAAUUUCGGAAGCUCUCAAAGAACGGGAUGCCCUCUUGGACAUAUACCGGAAGAAGAUUGAUGAACUGGAGCAACUCCUAGAGUGUUCAUAUCAAGAUAAGUACAAGAUUGACAAAGAACUGCAUAAAUGGAAAAGGGUGACAAAUAGUCGUGGUGCCCACGGGGAUGGUGUUCAGGAUGACAAACACAACAACGAGUUUGAAGGUGAAGUAAAGGGCCUGGGUCUUGUUGAGCUUGAGGACAAGGACAUUCUCAGCCAGAAGGCAGAGGCAAAAAAUAAAACCAAGACCCAGCAGCUGGUUUCUGUGCAUGCUGUGAAGCUGGAGAAAAUGGGAGAGUCCCCGAACAGCCAGGAUGUAAUGUGGUCUUCUGUUCAACCAAGAGUUGAGGCCUUCCUGCAGCUGAUUGACGACUCUCUCGCAGCAGGUCACAUUGAGCGGGUUCGUCAAGCCAAGGAGGACUUUAAGAGGCAGCUAAGCACGAUCGCUGACAGUUGCUGCUCGUCCCUCUCACUGUUGCAAAGUCCACAAGAAUUUGAGGCUCAAAGUUCCACUGCCAUGCAGAGCAAUAGUCAGAUGAGCAGGUUUGAGGCCAAACCUUGCAAUGAAGACACGAUGGAGAUUGCCAAGAGUCGUUACUCAUCAUGGUCAGCUGCCACAGAAUUUAUUGUACCAAAUUCUGUUACUAUAGGCCGAGGUGAAAUGACCAGUCUUGAAGCUGACUACGGAAAUGAGAGGCUGAUUGACAGUUUGAACAAUGAAAUAAUGCAUUUGAAAUCACGUCUUCAUGCAAGUCAGACUCGACGGCGGCAAUUUGAAAUGGAGAUUAGGUCGGCUUCCCAAUUGCACGAUACUGUGUGUAAGCAAAAAGACAAGCUUCUGGAGUCUGCUAAUAUGGAGAUCCUUGAAUUGAAGAGACAAGCUCAGGAGGCAGUCGUGCUGAAAAGUCGUCAGGCUGAACUUGAAUCUGAAUGCAAUUGUCUACAUGCUGCUAUUCGUGAGAAAGCAAGUUUUAUCGAGGAGCUACUUUCAGAGAGGAACAAGGCCGUAGAGGAAACUGAAAAGACACUGCAAGACUUCCUUAUGUCCUUGAAGCAGAAGGAUGAGUCUUUAAAGGAAUUGGAGGCUAAGCUAAAUUGUUUUGAGAAAGAAGCUGCGGACCGUGAAAAAUUGAUUGUACAACAGCAGAACUUGACUGGCUUUUCAUACGAGCCUCAUGAAAGCCUACCUGCUUCUAAUUCUGUGGAAUCCACACCAGAGCAUGGUGGGAGAGCACUCUUUUUUGCAUCACCAAGGUCACCUGAUGGAUCAGAUACAGCCACGGUUAUGUAUCUCUCUCAGUGCACAUCAGAAGUGAAGGAUUUGUGUCAGGCUGUUUGUGAGUUGGCGCAGGAAUCUGAAGUUCUUCCUGAACUAUCCACAUUUGACUUUCCUAAGAAUGGUACUGUUCCAGAGCUCAUUGAAAUUUUGAGCAGUGCAAGGGAGAGGGGUUUGCAGUUCUGCAUGCCCAGUCAGAGUGGCAUUGUGAAUGAUGAACAUUUGGAAAGCACCAGGCAUGUGCACAGUGGGUCAGAUGCCUCACAGGUAGCUGUGCCCAUAGAGCUUGGAGAAAAGCUGCAGCAGCUGUCACUCCUGCUUGGGGUUGAGUACUCUGUUUUACCAGUCUGUCUGAGGGAUGUAGUAGGUGUCGUUGAUGCUCUCAUUGGGAAAGCAAAGCGAGAGUCAGUCCACAACUCAAAGGAUUCAGCAGCCUUUCCUGGUGAUCUAAGGCCACCGAAGGGUCAUGGUCAGCCAGCCCACAGUACCCCCAAUAACAUGUCAUCCACACAUAUUUCAUAUGAAUGUGGCAAUUCAGAAGCUGCAGAUUAUCAGAAGGAACUGCUUGGGGAACUUGACUCUGCAUUGGAAUGCGUUGGACAGCUGCACAAUGAAGUUGAGGCUUUGUCUCUAACACCUUCCUCAAGCAUGCUUAAGAAAAUGGCAGGAAGCACAGAUGAGUUGGUGUUUGCUGUUGAUUCCACAGGGCAGUUGGUUCCAGUGCCCCUCGAGUCUGUCAAGCAAAGUGAGCACUUUGCUAAGGAAAUGGCUGUGCAGACUGAAGAAGCAAAGGAUGAUAUGGAGUCUUUGAGGAAUGAACUCACAAAUGCAAAAGCACAGGUAAAUUUGUUUGCUCUCUUACAUCGCACACUGUGCUAG